AUGCCCACUACCUCACCUUCCACCCCCUUCGACGUCAAGACGUCGCCAACCAAACAAGCUGGCGCCAAAUCAUCCAUUCGCGACGCAUCUGACCGCUUCAACGUGUUGAACCGUUUCCCUCAGCAGCAGGGUAACUGGUCCUUGACCACCGUGUCCACCAUGACCUCAGCCGAACGUGCGGCAUGCCGACACACCCCGAAGACCUUCAUCGGCGACCCAACGCGGUGCAGAUUGCAGGAUCUCGUCCUAGUCCACUUCCCCGCAAACCAAACCAUGCCGGUGACGUGGAUCGGGAAGCCCUUGUUCUUCGACCCGCUGUGCGGUGACCUCAAGGCCAUCGCUGUGACUAUGGACAACUGGAAGGACCAGGCCUAUAGCAACUACCUCGGCAAGUGGCUGAAGUUGAUGGAUGACGGGCGAGCGAGGUCCUGGAAACUGCUUGAGCAGUACGGUGCUGACAACGUCGCCGACGGGAACUAUCCGACGGACUGGGUAACAACUGGCCAGACCCCAGGCUAUGUCCCAUGGUACCCUUGGUAUCCCCAGCGCAGGCUGAACUACGACAUGCCCUCAGGAAACAUGAAUUUGCGCAUCCUGUAUGAUAUCUUCACCGACGUCAAGGAGUUGUGGCUCCUAGACCUUGACGCACUGGAUUACAACGUCAAUCUCAACGAAAUCCUCAGGUACCGCAACACGUACGACACACCCCCAAGACUCUGUCGCUAUUGUAGGUCGCAGCCGGUGGCGAAGUUGCUUGUGCCGAUUCCCAAGAUGCCGUGA